UGAAGUGGGUACUAAUCAUAGAUAUCUAUGGUGUAAUUCAUGUUUUUCACAGCUGUCAAGGUGGACUGUUACUAUUAGCUAGGUCAACUUGCCUGUACGUUCUUACUAAUCCAAAAGUGGCUUUCUAAAUGCAAUUCACUGCCUUAUAAUGUGUACAACCUGCCGUCUAAAUGACUGCGAACGAAUAUCCGUGAAAACGUGGUAGCAAAGCAGUAGGAAGCUAUCUUUGGGCCGGGUGAACAAUGGGACCUUCAAAGGUCUUGUGUGUGCUUCACCGUGCAAGCAUGUUUUCACCUGCGUGGACUGCAUGCCUCGGCCGCUCUGUGGGCUGUAAGGUGGCUUUGGAUCUGGGCCGGCCAGCAUCACUGGCCGCGCAGCAGCGACGGCGCUACUGCAUGCAGUCAGCCCUCAAUCCUCACAUGGGCGAGCUGACGGACAGGGAGAGCAGGGUCCUGGCGCGGCUAUACGAGGGACUCGUGACGGGGCAGAGGGCCUGUCUGGCGGAGUCCAUAACCCUGGUGGAGACCCAGCACCCUCGGAAGAGGGAGCUGGCGCAGGUUCUGCUCCAAAGAGUCCUCGCCCACCGGCGCCAACAGGAGCAACUUAACGGAGGGAACCCUUUGGCUUUUAGAAUAGGGCUGUCGGGUCCCCCAGGGGCAGGCAAGUCUUCCUUCAUUGAGGUGUUUGGGAAAAUGCUGACUGGAAGUGGCCACAAAGUUUCAGUUUUGGCCGUAGACCCCUCCUCCUGCACUACAGGCGGGUCUUUAAUGGGCGAUAAGACCCGCAUGACAGAGCUGUCUAGGGACAUGCAGGCCUUCAUCCGACCGUCCCCCACGUCCGGCACGCUGGGAGGGGUCACCAGGACCACCAAUGAGGCCAUAGUUCUGUGUGAAGGAGCCGGGUACGAUAUAGUUUUAGUGGAAACAGUAGGCGUGGGCCAAUCAGAGUUUGCAGUUGCAGACAUGGUGGAUAUGUUUGUUUUACUGAUUCCACCUGCAGGGGGCGAUGAACUGCAGGGGAUCAAGAGAGGGAUCAUUGAAAUGGCUGACAUGGUCGUGGUCACCAAAGCAGACGGAGAUUUGCUGGUUCCUGCACGCAGGAUACAAGCUGAGUAUACCAGCGCCCUGAAGCUGCUAAGGAAAAAGUCCAAAACAUGGAACCCAAAGGUGGCGCGGCUGUCGUCGCUGACGGGCGAGGGCGUGCCGGAGCUCUGGGCCCGCAUGCAGGAGUUCCGGGCGGCGGCGCUGCGCGGCGGGCAGCUGCAGGCCCGGAGGCGGAGCCAGCAGAAGGUGUGGAUGUGGAGCCUGAUCCAGGAGAACGUCCUGCGCCACUUCCGGGACCACCCCGCCGUCAGGGACGCCCUGCCGUCGCUGGAGGACCGCGUGACCCGCGGGGACAUCUCCCCCGGCCUGGCGGCCGACCUGCUGCUCCGGGCCUUCUCCUCGGCGCAGUGACGACGCCCGCCGUCCGCCACGGUGGCCUGAGGCCUCCAGCGCGCACAGCACCAGACUGUUUUAUCCUUUCAUAUGCAGGGGGACUGUUGGGAUUUCAAUUUUAUUAGAUUUUUUUAAUUAUCUGGUUUGAAUGAAAUAAAUCAGUGAAGUGAAACCAUA